CUCUUCGACAUUAUAUUGAUAUCAAUUGUCAAAAUGCUGCCGUUGUCUCUACUGAAAACAGCCCAGGGUCAUCCUAUGCUAGUUGAGCUGAAGAAUGGGGAGACAUACAAUGGUCAUCUAGUCAGUUGCGACUUUUGGAUGAACAUCUAUCUGAAGGAGGUGAUCUGCACUUCAAAGGAUGGAGACAAAUUUUGGCGAAUAGCAGAAUGUUACAUCCGGGGAAGCACGAUAAAAUACUUGAGAAUACCGGACGAAGUGAUUGACAUGGUGAAAGAAGAUGCUUUCGCAAGGGGGCGUGGUCGAGGAGGCAGAGGUCGUGGACGGGGAGCAAGAGGAGGAAGAGGCGGACGAGGAGGGCGAGGUGGCUCAAGGGGACGAGCAAGGUGAAGCUAGGUAUUUUCAGACCACACCACAAGUGAGCAGAUUCUCUGGAAGAAUGACAGCAAUGUAUACUCUUACUGAAUUGUGUAACAAAAUUGGUAUCACGUACAUAGUAGACAAAUGACCAGUUUUGAAUGGUGGUAUGUGGGAUCACCAAUACAAUAUCAUACUCUAGUGAUAAUAAAUGCCAAACACUGUUCCAACAGCAAACAGCGAAU